AUGGCGCAUCCACCCCAAGGACUACUAAGCCUCCCGAAUGAGCUUCUCCGCGAUGUCGUUGCGCCCCUCAGUCCAGCCGACCUCCGCCACCUGCGUGAAGUCAACCACCGAGCCCUCGACUUUAUCCUCGACUAUUCUCGACCAUGUUUCACUGGACUCGCCGAGCUACCAAACGUGCUUAUUUUGGAGGUUGUCGCGCAUUUGACCGACAGGGAUCGAAGCCGACUUGCACGGACGAACUUUCGAUUCUACUCCCUGAUUAUGGACGCUAUCCUGGACAAAGAGGUGCGGACACAGGGGGUCAAGCUACUCGAGUUAGCAUUGAGGACAGGAAGCAAGGGCUUGAUGAGACGACUCCUACUCAAGGGUACGGAUGUGGAUAGACAGUUUUGCCAUGGCUGGGGUUACUAUCUCAGUGACAGCUGUUACUUGGCAAGUUCACAUGCCACAACACCUCUGACAUCCGCUGCGUACCACAGCGACGUAAAGAUGGUCGAACUACUCCUACAGUUCGGUGCAAACGUGCACGCACUUUCCAACUACUGGAUCCAUGAGGGAUACAGAAUGGGUAUACGGUCGGCCACACCACUAUCAUUUGCAGCAUAUCUUGGAAACAGACGCAUAGCUGAACUGCUCAUAGAAGCGGGAGCGAGUCCGAUAAUCGAGGGUAGGUCUGAGAUGCUCUCUAUAGCUAUGAAUAGACGACACGAGCCCAUCGUUUCAUUGCUUUUACAAGCCCUAGACUCUGCAAAACAGCUUAGCGCGUCAGUCAUAAGAGAGCUCAUCCAAAUGGCUUCCGGACCACACUUUCGAUCCCUUUCCACAAACGUAAUCAUACAACACGAGCACGUCAUCCUACGGCAUCUACCCCCUGCAUCAGUCGACAAAGGUCAAGUUCCAGAUACGCUGCAACUGGAAAGCUCGCUAUGGUUGUCAGUCAUCUUCUACAAAUCAGAGGACGACUACAACUCCAGCAAACAAGCUAUCUUGACUCAGCACUACAAGGUGUUAUCUCGCUUGACGCCUGUAAAGAGAGCGUCCUCAAGAGGGAGCUGCAUCAAGAUGUCUUUCAAAUUGUUCAAGCAUUGCUAG